AUGUCCGCCGCGACAGCCGGGAAAAAGUCUGCCUUUUCCUGCGACCGAUGCAGGAGCAGAAAGGUCAAGUGUGGUGCCGAGCAACCCCGCUGCGCCCGCUGCAUCGCACGGAAGGAGACCUGCGAGUACAAGCUCAAUCCCACCUUGUCCUACACCCAGCAACUCGAACAGCGGGUCAAGGAACUGGAGGACCGUCUGGAAAAUGCGCAGACGAAGGGAUAUGUCAUGUCUUCUGCUUCGGCGGCGCCCUCUCCCUCCAGCACGGCAACGGUUGAGGCGUUGCCACGGACACCAGCAAAGAGAACCUAUUCAGGGGCGACCAAGGGCCUGAAGGUUGAUGCCGAGGGCGCAGUGACAUACCACGGAGCGACAAGCUUCUUUCAGCUACCGACGUCGGACUUGAACGGAGCAGUCGGUGCGCAAGACCGCGGCGCCUUCAAGAUUCUUGACGGGGGGAAUCAGCGGAAGGAGAAGUUGGUCAACAAUGCAUGGCACCAGCGUGCCCUAGAAGCGUUCCUAGAAACCCCGGAACCUUUUCAGUUCCUGCUCAAUAUCCACUGGUGUUGGAUUCAGCCCCUAUUCAACUUUGUCUACCGUCCGGCCUUCACACGAGACAUGGAGGUUCUCGGCCCUUACUACUCACAUACGCUGCUUAACGCCAUACUCUCGCAUUCCGUCCGCUGGUGCAAACAGAACAAGCAAAUCCAGAAACUCCUGGCGCCGUACGAAAACGGAGCUCUCUUCUCAAGACAAGCACGCUCCUUGCUCUUCCCCGAGCUUUUAAGCGGCCACUCAAAGGUACCUACCGUGCAAACUUUGCUGCUGCUUAGCGCCCAGGAAUGUAGCGCAGGCAAUCAAACCCAGGCUUGGCUAUAUAGUGGAAUGGCGUUCAGGCUGAUUGAGGACAUGGGGAUUACAUUUACGGCCGAUGGGAGCCACUCAGAACUAAACCUCGACGACGAGGACGUUGAGAUCCGGCAGCGACUCUUUUGGAGUUGUUAUUUCUGGGACAAGAUAAUCAGUUUGUACAUGGGGAGAACCCCAAUGCUGCAGCAUUCCGGCAUGAGUCCUGACCAAAUCAUAUUGGACGACUAUGCUGAGCAUGAAUCGUGGUCGCCUCAUGGGAUUGUGUACCCUCAAGGCUCAGAAUACCCGCCGACGACGGCGCACUCUAUCUCAUGUUUCCGAUGGAUGUGCCGGCUUUCUAUCAUUUUCAAUCAGAUUCUCCUUCACAUAUACGACCCCUCAAAGAUUCAUACCGAUUCAGAGGUGAGGGCCUGUUUGCAGAGCGAGGGACAAUCGCUGAAGCAAUGGUGGGAUGAUCUUCCGGACUUCCUCAGAAUCGAUACAGAACACCUUCCGCAACACUGUCCUCCCAGUCACAUCGUUACGCUGAAUUGUCUGUAUCAUGUCUUCAAGAUCCUCCUGUACCGGCCAAUGCUGUCCCCAGGAAACAUCGUGAACGAAAAUCGAGCACGGCCGGAACCCCAUCAUCUUGUCGAGUGCAUCUCGUCUGCGACAUCGAUAAUCACAAUCUACGACCUAUUCUGUCGAUCAUUUGGAUACGAGUAUACUGUUCUAUCAUUAUCCUAUGCUCUGUAUACCGCUCUAUCGAUCUUCCUCCUCCAGAUCCAGGCUGCGUCACGCCCGAAUGUGCAGGCUGUGACUCGGCUCAAGUUCUGUACCCACGCUUUGGAGCGCCUCAGCAUUCUGAGCCCAGUUGUUGGCAGCGCAUUAGGCCUGGUAAACGACACAUUAUCGAAAUUAGGGCUGGACACGCUCGUCAACCCAGCGAACGGAGAAGGCAGACCCGCGGAUGACACGGUACAACAGCACCAUAAUCUCGGAUUAUUUCCCGCAGAGUCCGAUUCUACAGGUCAGAGGCAAGAGGAUCUGGACUGUCCUGAGAGAUUCCUUUAUGAUUUCGAUCCAAACGAAUUCACUAUAUCCGACGAGACACUCGAAGCGUUUCAGUUCCUCACUCCCAUCGAAGCGACGUUUGGAAUUAGCUAUGACCAGGAGCACUCAGUGAUUAAUUGA